UACAAAAAAACAAUUCUCGCGCGAUGUUUAACUGGCAGCGGCUCGUCAAUUUUUGUUAGUUUUUUUUUAAGUUUAAAUAAUACGUUAAGAAGGCAAUAAGUGUGGAGCCAGCCCACUACGAAAAACGACGACAGCAACCGCAACGCUGACAACGACAAUGAUCGAGCCGAAUCUAUGCGCCAAAUCUUGGUAGCAGUUUGUGGCCAAAAUACAACUAAAAGCCACGGCUAAAACAGCACAAAGGAGAACUGCAGCUCUGGCUGGGGGCCGCGGCAAUCGACUAAAAAAGCAGAUUAUUGCAGAUAUAUACGUAUAUUUGUGUAUACAGUAGUUGUUUUUUUUUUGCUGGUGUGACGCGCGUUUUGUUACGACGUUUCCGAUGAUCUUGGCCCGUUGUUGUUUGCCUUUCGUGUUGUUGUAACUCGUUUUGUGCGCGCGUGUGAUUCAUGCAACCCACAGCAACAGCAGCAGCAACAACAGCGACAAAAACAGUGAAAUAUGCUAAGUAAAUGAAUGGCAAGGCAAAGAGAGUCGUAGAAGCCACAAAAUAAUUCUUUGACGCGUGCAUCCUUCAAUUGAGAGCGCAAGGUAAAGCCAUACACGCACACACAAACACACCACGAUCGCACUCAGUGAGAGUGAGCGAGAAAGAUAUACGCAGAGAGAAUAGAGGUGUGUUGUAGUUGUACAGCUGUCAAGUGCGCCGAAGUAGCGGCAGCGACGUCCAAGUCCUUUUUGGUUCGACUAGCAGGCCAUCUCGCUCGCACGCUAGAUCACUCUUCUCCUGUGCUGCAGCUGCCUCUCUAACAACCGAAAACCGAAAAACCACGAACAAGAAGCAGAGAGAGAGAGAGAGGAUGCCAACAACAAACUGCAGUAGCGGCAGCGGGCAGACAAGCAUAAAGAAGAGGGAGCAUUCCAUUGGAAAAAAACGCGUGCAUUAUUAUUAAUAUAAUUAAUAAUUACUAAAACAACAACGAAAUACAUGUUCGUUCGUGUGAGUGAAAUAGAAAGUGCAUAAAUAGCAAGAGCAGCAACAACAACAACAAAACUGUAAAGUGUAAAAAUACCAAUACUAAAGCAAUACAAACGAAAUGAAGGUUACCGUUUGCUUCGGCGAUGUGCGCAUUCUGGUGCCCUGCGGCCACGGAGAACUUCUCGUCAGCGAACUGGUAAAGGAGGCAACGCGGCGCUACAUCAAGGCAGCCGGAAAGCCGGACUCAUGGGUGACGGUGACGCAUCUGCAGACGCAAUCCGGCAUCCUGGAUCCGGAUGAUUGUGUGCGUGAUGUGGCCGAUGAUCGGGAACAGAUACUCGCACACUUUGAAGAUCCCGGACCAGAUCCGGGUGUGGCGCAGGGCGGCGGUGACGGUGCCUCUGGCAGCUCAUCGGUGGGCACCGGCUCGCCGGACAUCUUUCGCGAUCCCACAAACACAGAGGCACCCACACGGGACCUGUCCACGCCCCACAUUGAGGUGACGAGCACCACCUCGGGCCCGAUGGCCGGCCUGGGCGUUGGCCUGAUGGUGCGCCGCAGCAGCGAUCCCAAUCUGCUGGCCUCGCUCAAGGCGGAGGGCAGCAACAAGCGUUGGUCGGCGGCGGCUCCACACUACGCGGGCGGCGACUCGCCCGAGCGUCUGCUGAUCGACAAGGCCGGUGGGCAGCUGUCGCCGCAAUGGGAGGAGGAGGAUGAUGUCGCCAGCCAGCAGCAGCUCAAGGAGCAGCUCUUGCUGCAACAGCAGCAGCCGCCAGCGGCCGCUCAUCAGCCAUUCGCUCGGUCCGGCCGCCUGUCCAUGCAGUUCCUGGGCGAUGGCAACGGCUACAAGUGGAUGGAGGCGGCCGAGAAGCUGCAGCAUCAGAACCAGCACCAGAACCAGAAUCAGAAUCACCAUUCCAGCCAUCGUUCCGAGCUGAACUCGGGACAGUCCUCGCUGCAGUCGUCGCUGCCGAACAGCGCCUACUCGAGCAAGUCCCUGCCGCGGGAGAGCAAGCGGAAGGAGCCGCUGGGGCAGGCGUACGAGUCGAUACGCGAGAAAGACGGCGAGAUGCUGCUGAUCAUCAACGAGUACGGCAGUCCGCUGGGCCUCACGGCCAUGCCGGACAAGGAGCACGGCGGCGGACUCCUUGUCCAGCACGUGGAGCCCGGCAGUCGCGCCGAACGCGGUCGACUGCGGCGCGAGGAUCGCAUCCUCGAGAUCAACGGCAUCAAGCUGAUCGGCCUCAGCGAGUCGCAGGUCCAGGAGCACCUUCGACGCGCCCUCGAGUGCUCCGAGCUGCGGGUGCGCGUCCUGCGCGGCGACCAGCAGCAGCGCCAGCAGCGUCGCGACUCCAAGGUGGCCGAAAUGGUCGAAGUGGCCACCGUUUCGCCCACACGCAAGCCGCACGCCGCGCCCGUGGGCACCUCGCUGCAGGUGGCCAACACCCGCAAGCUGGGCCGCAAAAUCGAAAUUCUACUCAAGAAGGGACCCAACGGCCUGGGCUUCUCGGUGACGACGCGCGACAAUCCCGCCGGCGGCCACUGUCCCAUUUACAUCAAGAAUAUACUGCCACGCGGUGCGGCCAUUGAGGAUGGUCGCCUCAAGCCCGGCGAUCGGCUGCUCGAGGUCGAUGGCACACCGAUGACGGGCAAGACCCAAACCGAUGUGGUGGCCAUACUCAGGGGCAUGCAGGCGGGCGCCACCGUCCGCAUAGUUGUCUCACGUCAGCAGGAGUUGGCCGAGCAGACAGAUCAGGCAGCAGCAGCAGCGGCAGCAGCAGCGGCACAGGCAGAAAAGGCGCCCGCUUUGGUCUCUGUGGCAGCUACCGCGGCACCUGCGGCAACCAUUCAGGUGCAGAAAUCAAGCAGCGCCCGUUCGCUGUUCCAGCAGCAGCAACUGCAGCAGCAGCAGCUCCUCAACGAAUCUCAGCAUUUCAUCGAUGCGGGCAGCGAGUCGGCAGCCUCAAAUGACAGCCUGCCGCCGAGCAGCAACAGCUGGAAUACACGCGAGGAGCUCACGCUGCACAUUCCCGUGCACGACACAGAGAAGGCUGGCCUGGGGGUGAGCGUAAAGGGCAAGACAUGCUCCAAUCUGAAUGCCUCCAGCUCGAGUGGCAGCGGCAGCGGCAGUGGCAGCGGCAGCGGCACUGGACUGAUGAAACAUGACGGAGACUUGGGCAUAUUCGUGAAGAGCGUUAUCCAUGGCGGUGCUGCGUCACGUGAUGGACGUCUGCGGAUGAACGAUCAGCUGCUGAGCGUCAAUGGAGUGUCGCUGCGCGGCCAGAACAAUGCCGAGGCCAUGGAGACGCUGCGGCGUGCGAUGGUGAAUACGCCGGGCAAGCAUCCGGGCACCAUAACGCUGCUGGUGGGCAGAAAGAUUCAGCGCUCGGCCAGCUCCAGCGACAUACUGGACCAGGGACAGAGCCAAAGUCACAAUCACAGCCAUAGCAACAGCAGCGGCAGCAACAGCGGCGGCCACAACAACAGCAGCUCCAAUGCCAGCGACAAUUCGGGUGCCACAGUCAUUUAUUUGAGUCCCGAGAAGCGGGAACAGCGCUGCAAUGGCAAUGGUGUGGGUGUGGGAGUGGGAGGCGGAGGAGGAGGCGCAGCCAGCAAUGAAAUGAACAGAUGGAGCAAUCCCGUUUUGGAUCGUCUAACCGGUGGCAUUUGCUCCACAAACACGUCACAGCAGCAGCAGCAGCCCACACAGCAGUCGCAGCAUUCGCAGCAGCUGCAGCCACAGCGUCGCCUGCCCCCAACACCAAUCUGCAGCAAUGCGGCACUGCGCAACGAGAGCUACUACAUGGCCACCAAUGACAACUGGUCGCCGGCACAGCUGCAUUUGCUCACGGGACAUGGCGGCAAUACGGCGCUGCUCAUCGAGGACGAUGCCGAGCCAAUGUCACCAACCCUGCCGGCGCGGCCUCAUGACGGGCAACACUGCGUUCCGAGCAGCGUCAACGCAGCGCAGACAAAGGCCGCAGUGCCAGUGGCCGUGGCAGUCACCGUGCCGGGCACGCCAUCGAGCAGCAGCACCUUCGAUGCCACCUACUCGUCUCAGCUCAGUUUGGAGACAAACUCGGGCGUGGAGCACUUCUCGCGCGAUGCCCUGGGACGUCGCAGCAUCUCGGAGAAGCAUCAUGCGGCGCUGGAUGCCCGCGAGACGGGCACCUAUCAGCGCAACAAGAAGCUGCGCGAGGAGCGGGAGCGCGAGCGUCGCAUUCAGCUGACCAAGUCGGCCGUCUUUGGUGGCUCCAUUGAGUCGCUGACGACGCGCAUUGCCAAUGCCAACGCACAGCUGGCGGGCUACAGGCACGCCAAGACCGCGUCCAGCAUUGAGCAGCGCGAAUCGAUGCAGCAGCAGCUGGCAGCGGCCGAGGCCGAGGCCCGGGAUCAGCUGGGGGAUCUGGGACCCUCGCUGGGCAUGAAGAAGUCCUCGUCGCUGGAGUCGCUCCAGACCAUGGUGCAGGAGCUGCAAAUGUCCGAUGAGCCGCGUGGCCAUCAGGCGCUGCGUGCCCCGCGCGGUCGUGGCCGGGAGGACAGUCUGCGGGCGGCUGUGGUCCACGAGCCAGACGCAAACAAGCCCCGCAAGACAUGGCUGCUGGAGGAUGGCGAUCACGAGGGUGGCUUCGCCUCGCAGCGGAAUGGACCCUUCCAGAGUUCCCUGAACGAUGGCAAGCACGGCAGCAAGUCGUCGCGGGCCAAGAAGCCGAGCAUUCUGCGCGGCAUUGGGCACAUGUUCCGCUUUGGCAAGAACCGCAAGGAUGGUGUGGUGCCCGUGGACACGUACAGUGCUGUGGCCAUCUCGCCGCCCUCCUCGGUGGUGUCUUCGUCGCCACAGCAGCAACAGCAGCAGCAGCUACAGCAGCAGCAGCAACAGCAACAGCAGCUACAGCAGCAGCAACAGCAGCAGAUACCUGCCGCUGCUUUGGCCGCAUUGGAGAGGAAUGGAAAGCCACCAGCAUACCAGCAACCGCCGCCACUGCCAGCACCAAAUGGUGUGGGUGUAGGUGGUGGCGGGGCAGGUGCAUCUGCAGCGAAUGGUGGCAUACAUCAGAAUGAUAUAUUCAAUCAUCGUUAUCAGCAUUAUGCCAACUACGAGGAUCUGCAUCAGCAUCAACAGCAGCAACAGCAACUGCAGCAGCAGCAGCCACAGCAUCAUCAAAUAAGUCGCCGCCAUCAGCAUUACCAUUCGCAGCGCAGCGCCCGGUCGCAGGACAUUAGCAUGCACUCGAGCAGCUCCUCAUCGCAUCACCAGCAUCCGCAGGGACAGACGGGCCAGGGUCACACGAAUGGCGGUGUCAUUCGUCCACUGAGCAGCUACUACGAGUACGAGACGGUGCAGCAGCAGCGUGUGGGCAGCAUCAAGCACAGCCACAACCACAGCAGUCACAAUGGAGGAGGCAGCAGCAGUGCCAAUGUCAGCGGAUCCUCGGCGUCGCCCAUCAAUGUGCCGCACUGGAAGGCGGCCGCACUCAACGGCUACUCACCGGCCAGCCUGAACAGCAGCUCGCGUAGCCGUGGACCCUUUGUUACCCAAGUGACCAUAAGGGAGCAGAGCGUUAUGCCAUCCCAGCUGCAACAGCAGCAGCAGCAGCAGCCCACCUACCAGACCGUGCAGAAGAUGGGCGCACAGUCACAGUAUGGCAGCAGUGCUGGCUCCCAGCCGCAUGCCUCGAAAGUGUGACUAUAGGUGCUGGCGCAUGCGCGCGCCACACGGGAUGUGCUCGUGGAGGAUCAUCAGCAGCAGCAGCAGCAGCAGCAGCAGCAGCAGCAGCAGCAGCAGCAGCAGCAGCAGCAGCCGCUGGAGCUAAGCGAGGUCAGCGAGGUAGAAAUCUUCUACUACGCCACCGAAUGCUGAGAAUGCAAAUCCUACACUGAACAUCUUGCCUCGCUUCCGCAUGGAAGUGACGCUUUGUGUGACGCUGGCAGCCGGCAACAAACAGAAAUUAGAGAUUUAUUUUUUACGCAAAACGAUUCGAGUUGAGAGGGUUGGAAUUUUUCGAAAAAAUGUCCACAUUUUGUACACAAAGACACACCCAUACAAACACAUGAAAACAUGCCUACACACACAUGCAUACAUACAUCUUGUAUUAACUUUAAUUUAAGUUCAUUUAUUAGCUAUGAAAAGUAGCAACUACCAUUUUAAAGCGGCGACAAGUCGCUGCUCAUUUGGUGACCAGAACUUUCGAUUGUAUUCAUCUAUUUCUAAUGUCUAAGUCAAAAUGCCUUUGUACAUAAUUAGGUAUAUGCCAGAAGCCAGCAACAGAAAAGAAAACCCCACACAACUUAAGAUUCCAAGUACCAUUACUCCUUCAUUACUUAAUUUAAAAUUAUGAAUACUUUUUUUUUGUUUCUUCGUCUUUGUUGUAUAUAGAGAACUUUCGUUUGUUUUUUUUGUUAGCUUUAAAGCGGACGCCAUUUUGUGUGCAAAAAGUUAGGAAUUUUGCAAAAAAGUUACAAGAAAAGUUAAACUUAAAGAAAACCCUCACACACACAUAAACACACAUAAGCAGUACAUAUAUUGUAUACCAUAUCCAUUUAUAUAUAGAAUAUUACUAUUUUUUUUUGUGUAUCUAAGAACAAAGCCGAAGCUUUGGCAAAUUUUGUGCAGCCGACUUUCGGUUACCGGGGGUCUCUAAAAGACAUGCAGCUUCAUUUAGUUUAUACGUAAUAAUUAUAAUAAAAUAUAUACACUUGUAGUACAUAGCAUAUAAGCGUAUUAUACAUAUAAAUUAUAGAGCAGUAGCCUAGAAAUUUAUUUUGUGUACCCUGUAAGUAAUUUGUAAAUUUGCGGCACCGAAUUGCGAAUUAAAAGUUAACAAUUUCCCAU